AUGGCCACUGACCCAAAUCCGGUCAGCACGCAUAUCACACGCCGCCCGCGCCCACAUGCCUGCGCCAGGGGCGCAAUGCACCAGCAUGGCAGCCUCCAGUCCUUUAAUAUACCCCGCUCAGAUGAAGGGGGUGGUGACCAGCUCGGGGACGGAGCUGGGAUGAAGAUUCUGGGGCGGGAUGGGACGGAGAUCACGGCCCGGUGGACGGCAGCCCGGCUCAACCGUGGGAAGCGCAGGGGCGCGUGGAUCGGCAGUCUUGUAUAUGAUAUCACACCAGGAAAGAUGAGCGGAUGCCAUAUGGACGACCCGCGCGGAUCACAAGACCCUCCUCACAUGAUCCCCAUGGAAAGUAACUGCACUCGAAACAUCCAGAAGACGACAAGAGUGGGGUUUAGACAGGGUUUCCGCCGGAUUCCUCACCCUGGCACGCACGUCGUGAUUGUCAACUAUCGCCUUGGUAUGGAAACGAUCAAAAUCCCAUCUCCGUCCACGAUUCUACACUCGCCCGACACGCUCCCAGCGUCUGCGCGGGGGAAGCCUGCAUCGCCCCCCAGGAAGGCGAAGCGGAUCGCCACGGCCUCUCAGAAACCCAAGCAGACCAAAAGUCGCAAUGGUUGCAUCACCUGCAAGGCGAAGCGGCUGAAGUGCGACGAGACCAAGCCGACCUGUCACCAGUGCGAAAGGCGCAAGGUUCCGUGUGGGGGGUACAAGAAGGAUUUCAAAUGGCGGCCCUUCGAGGAGACCAUCCUGACUGUCGCACGACCUACCGCGACAAAGGCUAAGAAAGCAAAUGCUCCUUCACAGCCCCCGCCUAUCUCGGUCGCGAACUCGGAAAGCUUUCUCACGCCGCCGACUACCGAGCAAUCAGGCUCGCCGAUUCGACCGCUGUCCAAUUGUUUUAAUGCUUCUCCCCCUGAGUCUUCGUUGCAUAGCUCCCCUCAGAGCGUCAAAAGCUUUUUGUCUACGGACACUCAUUCGCCAGAUGGCUUUGUGGUGCCUCGAGAUGAAGUGUCCACUCGCGAUGAAUCUACCCUGAACGGUGGUGUAUCGAUACCCGUGGACUCUGAUCCUUUAAAUUUCCUUUCUUUCCUUGAACCGUUUCAACAAUCGGUGCCUUUCUCGGAUGAUUUGUUGUCGGCACAGGACCUGAGUGGCUCUGGUCCAUUCGAUUUUGGCCUUCAAGAGUUUCAGCCUGCCCCUGGGACAGGUAAUGACGAACUCAGUUUCGCCCGGUUACUGGAGGAUGAUAGCGAGGGUAUCGAGGAGAUUAUUCGGCAGUCUGAUCCUGGUGCUGGGUCUUGGAACUUUAGCUUCUCAGGACAGGAUGACGGUUCCUUUGAUUUCCCCCACUUUCCCAGUCAGCCUCCCUUGGCGCCAGAAAGCCAAGAGAUGUUGGCAAUGCGGUUUGACAAGAUGACAUGUGGUAUCUUGUCCAUCAAAGAUGGUAUGACGGAAAACCCAUGGCGGACUCUAAUCUGGCCUCUUGCCAAAAGCACACCUGCCUUGUACCAUGCUAUCUUCGCCUUGUCAGCCUUUCACUCGGCGAAGGAGAAGCCAUCUCUUCGAGUUCAAGGUGUCAAGCACAUGCGACAGAGCAUUACCUGUCUGCGGCAGCAGAUCCAGAGCAUGCGAGCAGACACAGCGUUGGCAACGAGCUUAGCUUUGGCCUUUGCCGAUACCUGGGACCAAAACACUCGCACAUGUAUCCAGCAUCUGCGGGGUGCGAAGGCCUUGAUGUUGCAGGUCCUCAAUGCGGGUCUCGAAGGAGGUCUUCAGCCGGAAGAACUGGAUCGCAUCCGCUUUUUAUACAAUACGUGGACGUACAUGGACGUCAUUGCGCGGCUGACCUCGUUGGAUGAGUCCGGACCUCAGGAUUUAAAUCCUUCUAUCUUCCAGUUACCCGGCGAUGCGGUGCACGAGAUUGAUCCGUUGAUGGGAUGUGCUGCAACGCUGUUUCCUCUCAUUGGCAAGGUCGCACGACUCGUACAAAGAGUUCGAAAGACAUCGACUAACUCCGUGUCAAUUGUCUCCCAAGCCAUGGAGCUCAAGGCCCUUGUAGAGCAGUGGGAGCCACCACGUUGGUUUGCGCCGCCCGAAGAUCCCACCUCAGAGGUGCAACACAGUAUACAGAUGGCGCACGCCUAUCGCUGGGCCACAUUGCUGUAUCUGCACCAAGCGGUCCCGGAGUUACCAUCCGAGCCAGCUGAAGAACUCGCUAAGCGUGUCUUGAUUUUAUUGGCGACCGUACCGCCCACCUCUCGCACAACCAUCAUUCAGAUGUUCCCCCUUCUGGCUGCCGGUGCUGAGGUUGACGUAGAAGAAGACCGCAAAUGGGUUCUGGAGCGGUGGUCGGUUGUCCAGUCGCGCCUCAUGAUCGGAGGUGUCGAUCGCUGCCUAGAUGUUAUUCGGGAAGUCUGGGCUCGACGGGACGAGCUCCAAGCCAAGCAGCAACAGCAAGACAUGUUUUCAACCCGGCGACCUCGCUCGUUCUCCACCGAGAACAACGUCAAGCUCAAUUCGCAAUUCCAGGCAUCAGACAAUAGCGGUCGCGGUUUCCAUGGGCGGGUCAACUCGUGCGAUCACUCGGACAGAUCGAUGCAGGGGAGAUCUGGACCUAUUGCACCUGAAUCUGGUCAGUCGAGGAGGGGAUCUGCACUCUCGUCUCUGGAGAAUAUCAAGUUUGAAAGAACUGUUCGAAGCAGAUCGCACUGGGUCAAUGUAAUGGGGGAAUGGGGCUGGGAAGUCUUCCUUGGUUGA